GCCCUGGCUACAGUGAUAAGAACUUCUGCAUUUACGACGAGGACCUGGACUCCAGGAAAUUGAUUUCUACGAGGCAUAUAAUUAUACUCUAUUUCAAUAUCUCCUUCUGAGUUUCACACUCCUUUUGUAAUCGACAUAAACAUCCACCAUGGCGCCAAUCGCCCUCUCCCCACCCGGCUCCCCCCAACAACAAACCUCCCUCCCACAAAACUCCUCCGACCUCUCCUCCUACCGCGGAUACCACCAUGUACACUGGUACGUCGGCAACGCGAAGCAAGCGGCCGCCUUCUACGUCUCGCGCAUGGGCUUCGAGCGCAUCGCAUACAAGGGGCUAGAAACAGGCUCUCGGGCGAUUGCCUCGCACGUUGUGCGCAACGGCGGCGUGACGUUCGUGCUCACGAGCCCGUUGAGGAGUUUGCAGGCUGUAGAGGAGUUUGUCGAGGAAGAGGCCGGGUUGUUGAGGGAGAUUCAUGCCCAUCAGGAGAACCAUGGUGAUGCUGUUAAGGAUGUUGCGUUCGAAGUCGACAACGUCGAUGCAAUUUACACCUCCGCCAUCGCCGCUGGCGGCAUCUCGAUCCGCGCUCCUUACACACUGUCCGACGAGCAUGGCUCCGUGCGGCUAGCGACUAUCCAGACGUAUGGAGAUACCACGCACACGCUUAUCCAGCGGCUGGACUACACGGGCGCUUUCCUCCCCGGCUACAGGGAAGAAAAGACCGCGGACCCCGUGUCCAGGUUCCUGCCCGAGGUGCACCUCGAGGCCAUCGAUCACUGCGUGGGAAACCAGGACUGGGACGAAAUGGAGGGAGCGUGCGAGUACUACGAGCGCGUACUAGGGUUCCACCGAUUCUGGAGCGUGGACGAUAAGGACAUUUGCACCGAAUACUCGGCCCUCAAAUCCAUCGUCAUGUCCUCCCCCAACGCCAUCGUAAAAAUGCCCAUCAACGAACCCGCCCUCGGCAAAAAAACCUCGCAAAUCUCCGAAUACAUCACCUUCAACAGCGGCCCCGGGGUGCAGCACAUCGCGCUUCGCACCACGGACAUCAUUUCCGCGAUCCGGGCGCUCAAAGCGCGGGGCGUCGAGUUCAUCAAGGUCCCCUCGACGUACUACGACGCCAUGAAAUUGCGCCUAAAACAGCAAGGGAUGCAACUCAAAGAGGACUUUGAGACGCUCAAGGAGUUGGAUAUCUUGAUCGAUUUCGAUGCGGGUGGGUAUUUGUUGCAAUUGUUUACGAAGCAUUUGAUGGAUCGACCGACGGUGUUUGUGGAGAUUAUCCAGAGGGAGAAUUUUGAGGGGUUUGGGGCGGGGAAUUUUAGGAGUUUGUUCGAGGCGAUUGAGAGGGAGCAGGAGGCGAGGGGGAAUUUGGUUUAGAUGCCUCGUUGGUGUGAUGGGGUGUGGGGGUUAGGGACGGCGGGAAAUGCAGUAGGAUGUUGAUGCGAUGGUAAUGUGGAGGAGAGGGCAUUGCUGGGCGUUUGGCGCGGGCUAGGCAUUGAGAGCGGAACUUUCUUCUUUGGUUGCCUCAUUUCAGCCCUGUAUUCGACAUCCAAUUGUUUUCAUGGAAGUAGCAUAGCCUUCAUUGUAUGCUUUGACCUUAAGCAAUCAAGCGUACUUGCUUACGUCC